AUGAGCGGCUGUACGAAUGCGCCGCCGCCGCUGCAAGGCACGCUGGCCCUGUACCAGACCGAGCCGGUCUCGCUUCCGUACUUUGAGACGAAUGGACACCACGCGAAUAAGCUCGUCUUUCUUGCGGGGCUGACCGACACGAUCGGCGUCGUGCCCUACCUCCCCCGCCUGGCCAGUGCGCUGGACAAGAUCGGCUACGCGCUGGUCCAGCCUGUCAAGGGCUCGGACCUCGGUGGAUUCGGUACGGCAUCGCUUGAGGGUGACGCGCAAGAGGCGGCGCAGCUGAUCGAGCAUCUCACGACGCGCGCGACGCACCCGGCCUCGGGCAAGGUGGUCGUGAUGGGCCACUCCACUGGGUGCCAAGACGUCGUCCAGCUCCUCUCGACCGACCGCCGCGCGGCUAAGGGAGGAGAUGUGAACCUCCGUGUGCACGGCGGCAUCCUCCAGGCGCCUGCGUCCGACUAUGACUACUUUGAGGCGCACAAGACCGAGGAAGAAGCCCAGCUGCUCAAGAAGAGCGAAGAGCUGAUCCAGACCGACCAGGCACAAGCACUGCUUCCCCGCGACGGCAUCCCCCCGAAGCCGUCUGCGACGCACGGCCGUGGCCCGGGCAAUGCGGACACGAUUACCAAGCCGGCCUUUACGGCGUACCGCUUCCAGAGCCUUAACGGAUCCGGGGGAGACGACGACUUCUUCAGCAAGGACCUGAGCGACGAGCAGAUCCGCAAGGCGCUGCACCCGGCGCUCUCGCGUGCGCCUCUGCUCAUGCUGAUCGGCGAAAAAGACGAAUAUGUGCCCCCAUCCGUGGACAAGGUCGAGCAGAUCAAGCGGUACACAGCCGUGCUGGAAGGCGACCCCCUCCGUGCGCUGCUCGUCCCUAAUGCGAAUCACAAGGUGGACGAUUCCGAGGCACAAGAUAAGGUGUGCGAGGCGGUGAUCGACUUCCUGAGCAACCUAAGCGAGUAA